CGACGCAUCUGAAUGACGUCACGAUUGUAAACAAUAGCAUGUCGCAGAGACAACCGCAGGCUAGAGAAAUGAACGGUCAAGCAGACGUAGAGGUCGACUACAAGCGGAAGUACAAAAACCUUAAACGAAAAUUAAAAUUCCUUGUCUAUGAGCAGGAAUGUUUUCAGGAGGAGUUAAGGAGAGCACAAAGGAAACUUCUCAAGGUUUCCAGAGACAAAAGCUUCCUUUUGGACAGAUUGCUGCAGUAUGAGAGGAUAGAUGAAGACUCUUCAGAUUCAGAUGCAACAGUCUCUUCAGAAAACAGUGAAAUAGAAGGAAUCAGAGAGAGGGAAAGAGAAAGAGAUGGUGCAAAGAAGAGAAAAAUGAAUCCUGGUGCAUGUCUUUCUUCAUCGUCAUCACCUCAUCUCUCUGCAUUGUCUCGUUCUGGAGUCAAUCCUCUGCAGUCGUCCAGCGCUGGAUCCUACCUUAACUCUAUGCCCUUCCCACCAGAGUAUUUGGCACCAGCUGCUGAGCGAAUGAAGAAAGAGAGAAAAACAAAGACACCAAAAAGCAAGAAAGAAUCCACAGGGAAGGUUGUUGCUCCAAUGGCAUCUAACUACUCAUCAGCCCCUGCAGCUGCUGCAGCAGCCGGCGGCUCCUUCAGCUGGGUUCCCCGGCAGAUGCUCAGCGGAGAUGCAGCUGAGGAAGAAGAUGAGAGUGACGGUGACAGCGACAGAGGUGACGAAGACCGAGGGGAGGGAGACGAGGCCGAACUGGUCAUCGACAUCCCUAACGAGUGAGCAGGAGUGGGCGUUAGGAUUUAUUUAAAGGCAGGAGGUGGAGGAAUUUGCAUCUGUUUGUGGGAGUGGAGGUUGUACUUGACUGACUUUUGAAAAGAAAACAUCCCCUGGUGUAUUAUGGCUGUAUGUAAUGUCACUGUUGAAACAACAUUUAGAGAAGAAUGUUAAUUUAAAACGUGAAGUAAUGAAACUGUGACAGAAUGACAAAUUGUC